UAAUCUAUCAUACUCUGGGCAUUUUAAAGAGGUUUGCACAGGACUUUCCAGAACACUGCAAUGGAUGGACCAAAACUGCAUUGCCACUCUUCAUGACACAUAAAAUCUACUAAUCAAAGAAAGAAGCAAGGUAGAACUAAGGAGAAAUUUCCUAACAGUUAGAACAAUUAAUCACUGCAACAACUUGCCUCCAGAAGUUGUGAAUGCUCCAACACUGGAUGUUUUAAAAAAGAUAUUGGACAACAAUUUGUCUGAAAUGGUAUAGGGUUUCCUGCCUGAGCAGGGAGUUGGACUAGAAGACCUCCAAGGUCCCUCUCAACUUUGUUAUUCUGUUACUAGCUUGCCAUGUAUUACAGUAGGAAGAAAAAUAGUUGGGCCUUAUCAGACUCUAGGAGAAGAUUGAGAGAAGUACUUAAGAAAUAGAAUUUAGGAUGCUUUUCCUCUUCACUAGAAGCUUUCACAAAACUGUUUUGGUUUGAAUUUUCCUGGGGUGCAAAAAGCAGAUUACAAUAGAUCCUUAUGCCAUGCCAUGUGAUUGAAUUCAGUCUUUCAGUGUUGUAUUGAUCCAGUGUUAUAACACAAUAGUUUUUCUUCUCCAUUACCUACUCAUUUGUGUGGGUGGAUGAGUUGGAAUGGUUUCUGUGAGGGCAGGAGAAUAGACAGGAAAAAGGUAUCUUCUUGUGUUUUUUUUACAUUUUUCCUUUUUCUUCUUUUUACAGUACAACUGGUUCUAUAAACUCUAACUGGCCAAGGAACUUGGGGAAAUGAAAACGUUUCCUGCAGUUGUUGAUUGGGUAUCUAUGGAUUCCAAACCAGAGGACAAGGUUUGGUGGAUAGCCAGCCCAAGUGCCUGGCAGAAAAGCAAAGGAAGUUGGUCAUGUGUGGUCAUUCGGGAGCUCUCUGAUCAACGGCUCAGUGGUGCCUUGUAAAAGUCAAGACUUUCAUCCUGCUUCCAAGUGAACUCUUCCAACCCUGUCCCCCAAGAACCCUUUGUUAAAUUUUAAUUCAUCUUGGAGAGGCAACGUCAAAUGUGAUUACCGAUAAAAGUUAAUUUUUGAAGAUAGAGAAAGCAAAGCAACAACAGAAGAAAAGAUGGCAACAGGGAAAAAAUCUUUAUCCUUUAUUUACUUAGUUUUCUUAAGAUGCACUGUUAAUUGACGCAUAUUUGGUGGCAGCUUAAUUUUUUUAAAGGAAAUUGCAGCAGUCAUCUGAAUGAUAAAACAAAUAGCACAAAUAUAUAACACGCCCAAAAACUAUUAUCCAAGCCUACAGUAAAUCAGCAAUUAUACAGAUCAGCAAUUUAAUACAUGGAACAUCAAGGUACCUUAUAUUUUCCCCCCCAAAAAAAACAUGCGGGGCAGACAUAAGUUAAUAUCCUUAUGUAGAAGCUGUUCAGUAAUAGUGGGCUUUCCUUUUAAGAAAAUAUAGGAAUCCUACAGCUCACUGAAGAUGCUAACUUUCCUUGAAAACAAAGCAGUGUCUUCACAGCAAAUAAGAGCAAUUCAGUUUUGUGUUGUCAUGGCCUAGUUUUUGCUCUGUACAAAUCAUUUUUUCUGGAAUAAAUAUAUUUUUCUUUAAAAAAGAGAAAAUAAUCAAAAGAAAAAAGAGAUGGAUCAGAACCAUGUCAGAGAAACAUAUGGAUCAGAACACUGUACAGUAAUAAAAAAGUAGGUGAAAAGAACAACAAGGAGUGAAGAAAGACAUUGUAUGCACCUCAUGGCAAUAGCUAGACUUUUUUUCUGCAUCCCUCUCCUGUUUAGGAGAUAGCCACGGAAGUAAUCAUUGGGUUCUCUCUUCUGUGUGGAUUCAUAUCCCAGGAAGGAGGCUGCAGAAUGAAUCGUGGAGGUGACAGCAGCUCCAUGGAGGAACUAUCCAAAGCUACACUGCACAUUAACUCACUUUGGUGGCUGGCUUGUGGGCUUCUUGCGCUGUUAGCCAACUCCUGGAUAAUCUUGAGCAUCACAGCGAAGCAACAGAAGCACAAGCCCCUGGAGCUCCUGCUCUGCUUUCUGGCAGGGACACACAUCCUCAUGGCUGCUGUGCCACUUACAACUUAUGCAGUGGUGCAGCUGCGACGUGAAUCUUCUGACUAUGACUGGAACGAAAGCAUUUGUAAGGUCUUUGUCUCUACCUAUUAUACAUUGGCCUUGGCCACAUGCUUCACCGUGGCUUCUUUAUCUUAUCACCGUAUGUGGAUGGUAAGAUGGCCAGUCAACUAUCGGCUGAGCAAUGCCAAGAAGCAGGCUCUGCAUGCUGUGAUGGGCAUCUGGAUGGUCUCCUUCAUUCUUUCUACCUUGCCAUCCAUUGGCUGGCAUAACAAUGGAGAGCGUUAUUAUGCCAGUGGCUGCCAGUUUAUUGUCAGUAAGAUCGGCUUAGGCUUUGGUGUGUGCUUCAGCUUGCUUCUUCUCGGAGGCAUAGUCAUGGGCUUGGUGUGUGUGGGUAUAACUUUCUACCAGACGUUAUGGGCACACCAAAGGCAUCAUAGAUGCCAUCACCAAAGAACAGAAGAUGCCUCUUCUUGUCCUUCUUCAGUUCACAACACUUUCAAUGUGCCAGCCAUUGUAGUAGAGGAUGUCAGAGGCAAAAGAAGAUCAUCACUGGAUGGAUCUGAAUCUGCUAAGACUUCCAUGCAGAUGACCAAUCUCAUCAGCGCCAUUGUUUUUCUGUAUGACACGCUGACUGGUGUACCCAUUUUGGUGGUCAGCUUCUUCAGCCUACGCUAUGACACUGCUCCCACUUGGAUGGUGCUGGCAGUGCUCUGGUGCUCCAUGGUGCAGACGCUGCUACUCCCAUCAUUCAUCUGGUCUUGUGAACGUUACCGGGCAGAUGUCCGGACUGUCUGGGAACAAUGUGUAGCAAUAAUGUCAGAAGAUGAUGGGGAAGACGAUGGCCCUGGUGAUGAUUAUGGAGAUGGGAGGAUCUGCAAGGUGCGAUUCAAUGCCAAUGGUGCUACAGCCAUGAAGCAGGAUCCUAGGGAUGUUAAGCUGCUGCCGGUGCACCAUAUGCUGUUGCCCCACGACAGGGUACAUUAUUUGCAGGUUCCUAUCUCCCGGAGGAUGUCUCAUGAUGAAACCAAUAUCUUUUCCUCCCAUCGUUCAACUCCUUCCUUCCUUCACAAGUGGUCCUCAUCUGAUGACAUUCGGGUGGCUGUUCCACACAAACAUGGAGGACCCUCCAGUUUUCUGCCUCCAGAGUUCCGAAGCUACCAUCCCCGUCGACGUUCCCCUGAGGAUGAGUUCACUACACUUCGGCAGUUUCUAGAAGCUGGAAUGGCUCGGGGACCUGGACCUGGCUCCAGUGCUUGCUUCUUCCGUGAUGAGAUUACGACCUUUAUUGAUGAAACACCGGUGCCCUCCCCUCACAGCACCCCACGCCACUCACGCCUCCCAUUCACAGUACAGCGUGAGAGGCACCAUUCCCUAAACGGUGCAGAACUAGAAGGCCCUGAUAGGAAUCAACAAUGUUCAUUGACUGAUGGUGAAAGUCUAUACCUCUGUGCUGGAGAACAGGGGCCUGGCAAAUGGACCAUGGCAACUCAUGGGGCACAAUCCUUGCAGGAAGUCAGCCUAUACAAUGGUACCAAAGGCAAUAGCUCUGCUGUGGAUUUUUAAGGAAAUCCCAGAACUCAAAAUUUAGGCUCCCAUGUUUUUUCUUGAUACUCCAAGAGGACGGGAGUUAUGCCAUAAGGGAACCUGAUAUGGAGGGGAGAAUAGUAGUGAGAGGGUAGAAAAAUGUCACGGCUGGAGAGCACAAUGGCAUCCUGCUCUCAGUGGACAACUUGAAUUCAGAUCACCCUAGAUAACUGAGGGCACUCUUUAUCUUUGGCAGCGUUGUUAACACUAUCCAUUUCGCAACUUUCUUAGCUCCACUCAUGAGAGAAAAAAAAUAGGGUGUGGUGAGAAGGAAUAUAUAUAUAUAUAUAUAUAUAUGGAAGGUAUAUUCCAUAUAUAUAUAUAUAUGGAAUGUCACGUGUCUGGUUUUUGUUUUAGUGUUAAUUAAUCAUGUUUUUGUGCUAUUAAAGUGAUUCAGGCUACAAACAGAUAUGUACUUAGCUGGAAAUUAGUGCCCCUAAAAACUACAGGACACACCACAAAGGUAUAUAAGAGAGUGCUGUCAUCAAGUGCUUAGUAAGUCUUAGCAGGAGAAACUGAGAAGAAUCACCCUCAGCUAACCUUACCUACCAAUGAAGUGCAUUAAAUGUGAAAAGAGGAAUCACUUGCAGUGAUCAUGAAAGUGUUUAUCAUGCAUUCCAAUGUUGAUUGAUUGAUUAUGGGCUAUCAAGUCAUUGUUGACUUCUAGAGACCAGUAGCUCACACGUAAUACUACAACAGUUCUUACAGUGGGUCUCUUGGAAAGCAUUAUCAUCCAUACAUUACAGAUGAGAAGGGCUAAUGGGAGACAUAAAAAUGUUCAAGAAUGAAAUGGACAGUCACCAUCAACAGAGACUGAUGAAAGAAGGAUUUCAUUAGAUCUUUGAAAGCUAUCUUUUAUCAUUAUUCUAUCACAGAUGCAAACAUGAGCAAAGCUAGUGCCAAAAAUUGGAAGAAAGAUACUACAAACAGCUGAACUUGUCUGGGUUCAUAUAUUCAGAGUUUAUUUUUAUGCCAGAUCUAUCCCCAGAGGGUAGUAGUUAAUUCAGGGGAAAGGGAAGAAGGGAUUUGUCUAGUGUUGUAUUCACAGUUGAAGUAUUUCCAGAUGAUGCUUUUAGUGUGCAGUUAGAAUUUUAUGAAGGUGAAAAUGUUAUUUUCCAUCAGUCAGUUUUCCAUGUUUCCUACAACUAUUUUUUACCAAAGAAAAUGCAUUAAGAAAGAUGGAAUAGUGGCAUGGUGCCUUUUGACUGGUACUACUUAAGAGACAACCAUUUGGGGACAUUGAGUGUGGAUAUAUCAUGCCUUGUUCACUUACAUUUUGUUGGUAAUGGGGGAACAUAUAUAUGUGAUCCACCUAUGUUGUAGCAGAUGGUAGCAACUAUCUGAUUUUGACUGAUAUCCCCCAAAAGCUAAACAGAGUUGGAUCUAGUUAGUAAUUAGAUAGAAAUUACCAGGAAGUGCUAGUAGUCUAGACCGGGAACUCAUCAAACAUCAUAGAAGAUAGCUUUUGUAAACCAUUUGAUUCUUAUUCCUUCCUUUUACUUCUAAUGAUCUUGAUCUUUAGUCCCUUCAAAUAAUCUUGUGGAACUUGAUUUCAUUUUUUUUUCUUUAUCCCUUCUCACAAAGUUCUUUAAAGCUUUUACAAACCUCUUUUGUAAAUCCAUAGGAAAAAUAUCCAGGAUUUCUCUUAAUUAAAAUGGAUAUACAAAUAACAAAUUACGACAAUCAGUUGUUUUUUUGUAUGUCCAGUGUAAGAUCUUUUUCCAUAUCAUUCUUGUAGCCUAUCAUCUUUAAACCCACUUUCAAAUCAGUCUCAAACUUGUCAAGUAAAACCUUCCAUCACAUCUUAUUAAACACGGUUUAUAAUGACACUCUUAAAAUUAACUUCUGCAUCCAUUCUGCAUCCAUUCAAAAAUAACUGUCAAUGUGUCCAGUGUUAAUUUUGUUUCAUUCUGUAAUUGUAAAUUGAAUUUGAGAUUUCUCCUUUAAUUGUAAUUUUUAGUUCCCUCUAGUAUCCAAUUUUUAAAGUCUUACUUAUCUUGAAAAUUCAGUUUUGAAAAAAAUAAAAAAAAGCAUUUUCC